AUUCUUUGAUAAAAUCAAAAUGCAGACUGAUGAUCUGUGUGACUAACUUUUACGACAUUGACGCACAUUUCUGCUGACCCAGAGCAACUAGGGGAUAAUCCGUUGGCUGAUCCUUGUGUGAAGCCAGCUAAGCUAACGGAUUAGGGUUUCGUUGAUUCAAGAGGGUAGAACGAAUGGUAUAAAACAGCUGGUUGAUCAACUGUAUCAAGGAGAGGGGCUGGCAGACGGAGCGGACGACAUGUCCAACGACAGUAUUCAUUGGGAAGCGAGAUAUUUACCAGCAGGACCACCACGUUUGCUGGGAUGGAACGUUCCCCCUGAAGAAUUAGUUCAUAUACCGGAACACUGGCUGGUCUUUCCUGAGCCAAACCCCUCCCUUCAUUAUUUAUUGGCCCUCUUAUAUAUUCUUUUUACUUUCCUUGCUUUACUUGGCAAUGGCUUGGUGAUAUGGAUCUUUUGCGCCGCCAAAUCACUGAGGACACCUUCAAACAUGUUCGUUGUGAAUCUUGCGAUUUGUGACUUCUUCAUGAUGAUCAAAACUCCAAUCUUUAUAUACAAUUCCUUUAACACUGGUUUCGCUUUGGGAAACUUAGGAUGUCAAAUAUUCGCGGUAAUUGGUUCCUUGACUGGAAUUGGUGCUGCAAUAACAAAUGCAGCAAUAGCAUAUGAUAGAUAUAGUACAAUAGCAAGGCCGCUUGAUGGAAAGUUAUCCCGCGGGCAAGUGAUGCUUUUCAUUGUACUAAUCUGGACGUAUACCAUACCUUGGGCACUGAUGCCCGUCAUGGGUGUUUGGGGACGUUUCGUACCCGAAGGAUUUCUCACCAGCUGCAGCUUCGAUUACUUGACCGACACGAAUGAAAUACGAAUUUUCGUUGCUACUAUAUUCACUUUCUCCUACGCCAUUCCAAUGAUGCUUAUAAUCUAUUACUACAGUCAAAUCGUCAGUCAUGUAGUAAAUCAUGAGAAAGCGCUACGUGAACAAGCUAAGAAGAUGAAUGUCGACAGUUUACGGAGUAAUGCGAACACGAGUAGCCAGAGCGCUGAGAUUCGCAUAGCUAAGGCUGCCAUUACAAUUUGCUUCUUAUUCAUUCUCUCGUGGACUCCAUAUGGUGUAAUGGCAAUGAUUGGAGCAUUUGGUAAUAAAGCUCUUCUGACACCCGGUGUUACAAUGAUACCAGCAUGCACAUGUAAAGCUGUUGCUUGUUUGGAUCCAUAUGUAUAUGCCAUAAGUCAUCCGAAAUAUAGAUUGGAACUACAAAAACGAUUACCAUGGUUAGAGUUACAAGAGAAGCCCAUAUCUGAUUCGCAAAGCACCACAACUGAAACAGUAAAUGCACCACCGGCAUCAAGCUAGACUUGAAUUAAAAACUCUUGUUUCUAAAAAACAAAAGAUACUUGGUUUUAAUUGACAUUUUCUUUCCACUUUGUUAAAAACAAGUGAUCCUUGUAUUAUAGCAAAUGCAACUGCAAUAAAGCAAUUUCCUCGCAAUGUA